AACUAGUCUCGCGUCGGACGUGCAGUGCGCAGGUUGUCGGUUGUCGAGUUCUCGCUUUCCGCGUACGUCGCGAACGCCGUGUAAUGCCCAAUUGUGGAAUAUCAGCGACUUCUGAGUGCGUCGCAGGGAAGUCGCCAUUAUCGUUUGAUGAGGCCCGCAAAUAAUUGGCCUUGAAAAAAGCGGCGACGCUGAAAACGGAGCGUCGGUUUUAUUCGCGUACGAAUAAGCAUCCGCGAUUUUCGUCUGGAUUUCGUGCGCGAGUAAACGGGAGUGCAUCUGUGUGUAGUGAAGUGCGAUAAAUAAUUAUUGCAAAUAUAAAAUGAUAAAAAAAAUAGUGCAGUGAUCAGUGUCAAACCAUAUGGGAUUAUAGCAGAGCAGCAGUGGAACAUUAAAGGGGAUAUAUUAAAGCAGAGAGGUUAGAUAAUCGACUCAACGCAAUGCGUAACAGCAUGGUAUGAUAUCAGCGACUGACGAUUUCCCGAAAACAUGAAGAAGCAUCGUUACAUCCUUGCGUGCGUCCUACUCCUGUUGCCUCUGGCAUGUAGUUUCGGCCUGGAAGAUGACCUGGUCUUCGAGGAGGUUGGAGGCGAGGACAAUGACAAUGACAGCUUGCUUGUCGGACCAGCUCUGAUAAAUCAUGCGACUCACGGUCGAUCCGAUCGUUACGAGCAUAGAUCGUCGUCCAGGGAUAGCAGGACUCAGCCCUCUCGGGUCGAAAGAGCAUGGGGCGUGUCAGAUUCCGUCGUCCCAGUUGGCCAUGUUUUCAGGAUGAAAAUACCGCGGCAGGCUUUUUCGGGAGAUGUGGAUUUUUACGAGGUUCGCAGAACUAAUGAUCGCGAUCGUUUUCCAAAAUGGAUGCACUGGGACGAGGCGGCGGCCACUCUUCUGGGUGUCCCGUUAAAAGAAGACACUGGCAAUUAUCACCUAACUGUCACGGCUUUUGGUAAGCAUGGUGACACCGCCAAGGAUCAGUUCGUCGUGCAAGUAGUAUCCGAGAAACUGGAUGAGGUCAAGCACAAGGACGGCACGACGCAUUGCGACGACGGAGAGGAACAGACGGUUCUCAUGAUACUACUGGAUGCAGUAAUAGAGAAAUUAUCGCCUAUCGUCAAGACGAACGCCAUCGAAAAUCUCGCGGGAUUUUUAGGAAUGCACACGAGCGCAUUUUCGAUGCAUUCUCAAAACAUAAAGGCGCCGGAUUUCAUUUUUAUGAAAACCUCCAGUAUUCUGGGUUCCUCCAGUAUUCUCUCCGGACCUGGAAAUAUUAAACCUAACAAACAUAAAAAGAAUCAUUUGGCUAUCCAGUGGCAGGUCGGCUGUAACGGCCAACUGUGGAAGCAUCAGGCGCAAUUGAUAAGACAACUGCGGGAGCAAGCGGUGGACGGCACUUUAGCGGAAGUUCUGCAGUUACCUGUGAUAUCUUGGCGCGUGAGGAUAGACUCGAGCCCUUCCUUGAGGAACAGGCGAGAAGUUGGCUCCGGCGACUACGACGACGAUUACGAUGAAGAAUACGAGGACAAAUAUUACGAGGAAAAUUACGACGAAGAGGACGAGGACUCGCAAGUACAGCCUACUUACAUGCCGGAUGUCAAAAUCCCGGAACAUCCGCACAGGCAUCAUCAUGGUGAGGAGACGAUCGAUUGGAAGAGCGAAGACGUCGACGAAGAAGAGAUAAUACCGAGAAUGAGGCAAAGCGAGCUGGAAAACAAAACUAUCACGACAACAACCACUGAACUUACUACAUCAUCACCAUCAACAACUACUUCCACCACUACCACGACGACAAGUACAACCACCACCCAAGUCGCGCCAACGACCGUACCUACUACUGCUAGUAGCACUACAACGACUACGGCAUCAGCCGAUAUAACAACAACAACAACAACAACAGCUAGCAUCUCCACUGCUGUAGAUCCAUCGAUAGAAUCUCCGAGAUCGGAAACCACGAACGAGGAAUCGUCGACGGAAACGAAGCAUGUGGACCGUGUUGAACCUGUUACCAUUUUACCGACAGCUCCUUCAGAAAUCACUACGACUCCUCUUCUUACAACCACUCCUCUGUCUCUUAGCACAGCGGCUACCAGCCAGACUACCGUACCCGACAGAGUCGAGACGGAGAUCGUCAUCGGUAUCAAUAACGUUACGACGGAAGAGCCGGAACAAACCACGACUUCGAUGAAAGAACCAUCGACCACCUUACCAACACCGAUGGUAAUCACGGACGUUAGUAUUACUACUCCUUCGUCUGUAGUAACGAAUGUUAGCACCACUAUUACUACCACUACCACGCCUGUGAGCGUAAUCAAUGCCACAACUACAACUACCGAUGCAAUAUCGUCGACUCCGGAGCUUCGAACGACGUUGAGCACGAUACCGUCUAGUACCAGCACGACUACCACCACGACUACCACCACCACCGCAGCUCCUACUACUACCACCACGACGACGACGACGACAGCGAAGACUACUACGGAAAGUAUCGAGUACGGUCCGGUCAACUCCCCACCGAGACGCGACAAGAGAUUGAAGAAGAUUCCGGUAACCGCAGGCAAACCGUUGAGUUAUGUUAUACCGGCCAACACCUUCGCCGAUAGCGAAGAUGGCGACACAAGGAAACUGAAAUUGAGUCUGUACUGGCACGGUGCACCGCUCAAAACGACCCAUUGGCUUCAGUUCAAUCAUCAUUUGCAGAAAAUUUAUGGCCUGCCUCUCGAGAAAGAUAUAUCUACUUGGAAUUACGAAUUAGUUGCCACGGACAGCGAAGGCGCCAAUGUUUCUGAUAGUCUCGACAUUCAUGUUCAGCAGCAUAAAUCAAGUCGAAGCGUCAAUCAUGAAUUCACAAUUUACUUGAGGAUCGACAAACGAAAUGAAUUCCCAACAGACGUCGAUUGGGAAAGCAAAGUGAUCCAUAACCUGGCUGAGGUUUACGGAGGCAAUACUCAGUUCGAAAACAUUACAGUUCGUUCUAUUGAGAUUAAUACUUCCGAUCGUGAACAAGUUAUUUUUACAUGGACUAAUGAUAAUGUUCCAAGGAGCAGUGACUGUCCAAAAAAAGAUAUAAAUGAUUUAUGGCGCGUGCUCGUUGAUACUAACGGAGAUCCAUCGUCGACUCUAAGAAAAGUUUUCGCUCCAGAAAUUACAAUUAAGCGUGUCGUAUUCCAAGGUAUUGGGCAAUGCGAGGACAUGAAUCGUCCCGAAGAACCAAAAGUCUCUACCGAAGAGCCAAAAACUAAUUAUCCCCCUGUACCGAGGAAUCAAGUGGACCAUGUUAAUGCAACAGUUGGGCAGUUGCUUGUAUUUAAAGUGCCAGAAGACACUUUCUUCGAUUUCGAGGAUGGAUCAUCGCGAAACAUGAAGAUGUCUCUUUUGACCAUCGAUCGAACAGCUAUUCCGUCUCACGAGUGGCUGCAGUUCGACAGUAAGAAUCAAGAAUUUUACGGUGUUCCAAUGCGCACUGAUAUCGGCCGCAAGGAAUAUCAGUUGGUUGUCACUGAUAAAGAGGGUGCGAGCAGCACAGAUGGACUGGUCGUUGUCGUUCAUCCGGCGACGCCCAUGGCUCAUACGGUGGAAUUCUCGAUGACAUUAGAUAUUCCUUACGAUUCCUUCGCGCAUUCCGCGCUUCAGAAGCGUAACUUCAUUGAGAAGCUGCGAGAUCUUUACGGAGACAGGGACACGACUGCUAUCUCGCUGCACAGCAUCUCGAAUGGUAGCACCGUGAUCACGUGGCAUAACAGAACUUUGCCUACAUCGUAUUGCGCCCACGAGGAGGUCAAUAGAUUACGAUCCGUACUGGUGAAGAGCGACAACGAUCGACGUUCCGUAACGGACGAAGUGUUGGACGUGAUGGGUCAGAAAUUCCCUGUAAAACAGAUUACGGUGAUCCCGAUGGGGAUCUGUCUCGGUGAAUUAACUGGCGUGCAUUCGCCAGAUAGCUAUGUACCACCGGUGGACGAUUCUACGUCGGUCGGCGCGUUCCACGACGAUUACCUUCUCACUUUUGUCCUGCCGGCGAUUAUUAUCGCCAUUAUGCUCAUCCUAGCGGGAAUCAUUGCGUGCGUUCUGCACAGGCGAAGACGCAGCGGAAAGAUGAGCGUCAGCGAGCAGGACGACGAGCGACAGAGUUUUCGCAGUAAAGGAAUUCCCGUGAUUUUCCAGGACGAAUUGGAAGAAAAGCCGGAUCCUGGCAAUAAAUCGCCUGUCAUCUUGAAAGAGGAAAAGCCACCUCUUCCACCACCGGAGUAUCAGAAAGCUGAGGACGGGGCCGACGUACCGAUGCUAUCGAAGGAGAACUCCGAGGAACCAUAUCAACCACCGCCACCGUUUGCCACGAAUCGCGACACCAAUCGGCAAAAUCGUCCUAAGCCUACUCCUACGUACAGAAAACCGCCCCCUUACGUGCCUCCCUAACAAAAUACGGUACACUCACCUACGCGCAAAUAUAUGUUAGCAAUGCUCGGAGACUCACCGAUACAUAAGCAAAACCAAAUCAAUUAUAAAAAGCAAUCUCGAAUUGGCGACGAUGACAUGAAUGACGAUCGUGGGAUGUUAAAUGUGUAUAGCGACGUUUGAAAGAAAGCCCUUCCAUUCAUCCGGUAACGACAAUAUAUAUACUGCUUAGCGAGACGUGAAUGAAGAAGAGAAGACUCUUCCGAGAAUUUUCUCCGAGAACCUACAUGCAUUUUUACUUAUUUUAUAUAUAUCUACUACAUACAACGGCACGUCUCAUUGUUGAUCGAUAACGCAUUCGAAAAAGACUUUGAGUCGAUGUUUAAUCGACAUUUUCUCUUUCUCUCACUUUCUCUCUCUCUCGCUUUCUCAAUUGUCUAUAUUUCACGCGAAAGAAAAAGAAAAGAUUUUCUAGGAAGUAUGGGAAUACAAAUCACGUGUUGCCUUUCGUAAAGAAUUCAAUCGUAGGGAAGGAUCCACUGCUCCGAACUCGAUACGCGAAUUUAGUUUAGAGGUCGUUGUAGAAUCGAGAGACAACGGUAGAGUAAACGUAACUUUAUUCGACUUUGUAGUAUUCGAGACAGCAACGAUACUCGUAAAUAUUUCAAUAAUCAGUGCCAUUUAUUAAGCAAUAAGGGUAUCCGACUGUGAAUAACACAGCACGUAUAUAAUUACGGUUCUACGGAUUUAUUGCAAUUACUGUUUACACAAAGUCUCCAGGUAUCAAGAAACGGGCGGAUUUAACGAAAUACAUUAUAUUACGUACCCUACAACGUAUGACACUGCCAGAACGACAAAUGCACGAUACAUCGCCAAGCGAACCGGUUUUUAUGAUACAAUAGUUUAUUCGAAUUUUUUUAUAUUAUUUUCAAACAUUUAGAUUUUUAUAUUAAUUUGUGGCGAACUAAACAAAACGAAAUUAAAUAGCAGUAUCGUAAACUGGUUCACUUUGCGAUCGCCUUUUACUUAAGGAUAAAAUAUAUUGGAGAGAAUUGAAAUGUUUUUGAGACAUUAAAUUUAAAGGAAUGAUUAUGAUAUACAAUGCAAUAUGCCAUUGCAAAAUGACAGCAAAUGCUUCCAUGGGCACAGUAGGCCAUGCAAAUAACUUAUCUAAGAUAAGAAAAAACUGAUUAUAAUAAUAUAUAUAUAAAUAUAUAAAUAACGUAUACAUAUUUACAUAUUGUAUCUAUAUUUGUGCCGUUCGAUAGAGACAUGAGAGUCUGCGGUUAUUUGAAGAGCGUAAUUUAAACUGCCAGACCAAUCAAGUUAUUUGCAUUUAUUUCUCGUUGUCAGAGGAAGAUUCAUUUUUGUUUGUUUCACGCAUAAUUUAACGCACUUUAAAAACUUUUAUGAUUUAAGAACCUAAUCGCAACAUAUAUAUAUAUAUAUAUUUUUAUUAUUUUCCUAAAACCUGUUCACAAACACAUGAGUUAGCAUCGAAGGAUUAACUCAGAAACGAAAACAUGCACGUAUAUAAAAAUGAGACUAAUUUAAUUUAGAUUUUACAUAGUUACCAAGCCAAAAAAUAAUUAAUAUUUAAAAAGAGAGGGGAGUAUAAAAUAAAAAUAAGGAUGUAUUUGUAAACUGCGAAGAGAGAGCGUGGCUCGCACUCUUUAGGGCGCAUUUUUUUAUAAUGGUUUUUAUAAUUUUUUAAUCGCUGCGCAACUAGACAUACGCAAAAUAUCAUCGUUUGUAUGUAUGUCCAGUGCGACGAAAGAGUGCGGGGUAUCGUGUGAGUACGUAUGUAGCCGUUUCUUCAAUACCUCGAUAGUUUCCUGAUAUUUUUGAAAGGAAAUACGAGAAACGCAAAAAAAAAUGAAAAAAGAAUUUCGUAUUGCGUUCCGAAUUUGGAGGCUCCGUUUAUCGACACGAACGAUAAAUGGAUCGACGAAUUUUCGGACGCAUGUAUUUACUGGUAUGAAUGCUGACAAUUUAAUACGUAUGUAAGAUGCUAAGAGAAUGUUUCAUAUACAAAGGCUACGUAAAAAAUUACGGUAUAAUAUAUUAACUAUUAAUUCAUAUCCUUAUAACGUAGAAGAUUUAAGUAUAUACUGAAUGCAUGGAUAACUCGUGAGAAAUCGCAACUCACAGAUUUAUUUUCUUCUUUCUUUCGCGAGCAAACCUAUAUAUCUCAAAACUUUAUGGUUGAAUUUCUCUAUAAUCUUCACGACAAAGCGCGAGGCUUGUUAAAUAUUAAUUGAAUGAUUCAGCUACUUCACAUGCUCGCGAAAGAUAGAAUCGGUGAAUUGUUUGUAAACUAGUGAAUCCUUUUCAUCGUUCGCGCAUCUUGUUUAUCGCAGAAUCUUUUAGAAGGAGAAAAGAGAUUGCGAUUGUCGCCCGUACGUGAUUGCUUUUGACGUUUUAUAUCGAAUUAAUACACACAUAUAUAUAAGUACGUUUUCUUAUUAUUUUUUACGAAUAUAUAUAAAUAUCUUGUAUGUUGAAUUCUUUAUUUUAAGACUCGAAUAUAACAAUUAUGUUAUCGUAGAAUGGAAUUAUUCUAUAAUUGUGAUAUUUCUUUGUGUGCGAUUUUCGUUGAAAGAAUAAAUACGAAUUUAUAUAUUGUAAUGGGAUAUAAAAAUUCCAGCAGAUAAUUAUCUAUUGUCAAGUUUUAUGGAAUAAAAACUUUAUUGUCGACGACACUGGACCUUUAUUUAUUAUUUCAAACGAAAUCGCAUCACAGAGUAAUAAUGUAGUGGUCGAUGAAUGAGAAAUAACAACACUACUUACGUAGUAUACAAUAUUUGAGAGUUUUAUUAGUGCGAAUCGACAGAUUCGAUAAUCACGUUGUACACACCAGAAACGCGACGCAUCAUAAACGGUCAGGAAGAAAUUUAUAUUCCGUUUGUGUGUGUGAUCUGCGGUAAACAAGCAUAACUCAUAUCAUGCUUCUAAUCAUAUCAUUGCUCUAUGCGUAUCCCUUAAGCGCUACAAUUGUGUUACUUGUGAAAAUAAUGAUAAUGUAUGAUAAGCAUGUACGAUAUUUAUACGAACUGAAAGGAACAAAAAGGAAUGCUAGGGAAAAAAAAGAAAUUGAAUUUCAAAGAGAGCAUAUUUGCUAGCGGCGACUUUUCUGGCCUGUGUGUGAAAAUGGUUCGAAAGUAUUUUAUAAUUGUAUGUAAAAAAUGAGGGCCGACAAUUUGUGAAGCUAAUGUGACCAUGACUUUCGUAUAUGGCCGCUUUCUGAGAGAUCGGGCUAAGACGGCAAAGACGAAGUAAAAGUUCCAUUAGAGAAAAAUUAGGGACGAGGGGAAGAUAAGGAGAGAGCUAUCUCGCAUCGCCCAUACGAAUACAUGUGUUAUAUACAUAGUUAUAUAUAUAUAUAUAUAUACACACCUAAGAAUAAGAGCAUAUUGACUGGGAUUUUCAGAUUAUUUUUAUUCGCUGUAAGAGCGCUUCGAUAUACCAAGUGAAACGUUUGCGUUGAUGUAUUCGCGAAAACGCGGGAUGGAGCGGCUUUCGUACUUGCUUCUCCGCUGAAUAACGAAAAGCCAUCGACACGUAUUUCUUAAGUUCGUGCUAAGUAAGUAAAACAUAUCUCGAAGGAGAGAGAAAAUAAAAAGAGAGGAGAAAGGAACUCGCGAAAAAAGAGGAACAGCCUCGAAAUAAAUGCGCGCGCGAUUACUUUGAGAUCAUGUAACGGUGUAAUCGAUGAAAAAAAAGUAUAUCGAAUUAAUGAUAAUAUACAUAUACAGAUAUCUCUCUCUCUUUCUCUGAGAGACAAGUACUAUAUACUAAACACGUGUAAAGUUAAGAGUUAAUAAAACCAUUUUAGGAUA